GGAUGGAGUCGAGCUAUGAUGACUACUUAAGGGAGGGCCUUGGCUUGGUUCUUUUGUCAAUAUCAAGAUCAAUCAAUUUCACAUUAGACCAAGCGGGUGAUCGACACUCGAUAGUCUAUUUUAGCUUUUGUAUUAGCUCAUAAAAUUGAUCGCUGCUAUCCGAGCUGCGCUCAUAUAUAUAUAUAUAUAUCAUCCCAGAGGAAAACUUGCCCACACGAGGAAUACACAAAAUUAAUUCGAGAAUGAAGGUCAUUGUCGUUGGAGCAGGAAUCGGUGGUCUCGCGGCUGCAAUUGGUCUUAGAAGAGCCGGCCAUGAAGUUUUGAUUUUCGACAAAUCUUCUCUGUCUCAUGAAGUUGGCGCGGCUAUCAACGUUCAACCCAAUGCAGCUCGAGUCCUCGCUAAAUGGGGCUUCGACUUCAAAAGAGCACGUCUAGUUGAUGCUAAGUCUAUAACCGUUACUUCGGGGGAUGAACUACUUGAUACCCACGAGAUAGAGUGUUCGAAUAUGGAAGAAAAAUACGGAUUCGAUUUUUUCUAUAGUCAUAGAGUUGAUUUACACUCAGAAUUAAUGUUGCUUGCCACAGGAGAAGAAGGACAGGGAAAACCAGCCAUGAUUCGCAACAAAUGCGAAGUUGUUGAUUAUGAUACCAUAAAUGGAUCAGUAACUCUCGCUAAUGGAACCAUCAUGACAGCAGAUUUAAUUGUCGGUGCUGAUGGUGUUCAUUCCUCGGCAGUGGAAAAAAUCGUCGGAUAUAAGAACCCAGCAAUUCCAACAGGUAUAUCCUGUUUUCGAACCCUGAUACCUGUUCAAGAGCUUCGAGAUGAUCCUGAAUGUGCAGUUUUCAUGGAAAAAAUGGAAGGAAAACUUCGUAUGUUCGCCUGGCCCAAACAUAAGCAUCAGAAGGUUGUUUGGUAUCCCUGUAGAGAGAAUGAAGUACUCAAUAUCGCAGUCUUUUGUUCUGAUAAAGAGGAUCUUGACCCCUCACACGAUUGGAAUAAUUGUAUUCUAACCGAAGUCCUUCUCAAUGAACUCAAAGAUUGUCAUCCUACACUUCGCCAUUUAUUAGCAAAGACAAAAGAUGUCAGACUCUGGGAACUUCUUUUCAGAGCCCCUCUUCCUUCUUGGCAUCAAGGAAAACUCGUAAUCUUAGGCGAUGCUGCACACCCUAUGUUACCUUUCCAAGGCCAAGCCGGCGCUCAAGCCAUAGAAGAUGGUUGCGCCCUCGGCAUCCUAUUUUCCAAUCUCCCGGAAGGUACCAUCACAGAAGAAACCAUCUCAGCCCGUCUUUCGAGUUUCGAAAAAAUCAGAAGAAACCACGCAAGCGCCACACAAUUGAUUUCAAACGGAGGAUACUAUCAAUCAGAUGAAGAGAGGAAUAGUGCUAAGAUAUAUAUGGAGGAGGGUCAAGCUGUACCUUUAACACCCGAAGACUAUCAAGAAUUCUUCUAUAGUUACGAUGUCGCGAAACUUUGCAAGAAAGAAUUAGAGAGACUUACUCAACCCUUCGGAAGUGGCAUCUCCGAUGCAUCGAAUUCUGGUUGGGAGAAGGAGAAUAUGGGAAAGGUUCCUGGGAAUUCUAAUGAGAGAGUUGCUGUGGGGGCUUGAUUUGUGAGGGGAAUUGUUUCGAUAAUUUUAUUUCUUGAAUAUUCAUUCAAGAAAUAAUAACACCGAUAAUGUAACUUGCUAGAAAUCUAAAUUUGAAAUACCCUAGGCGAGAGAAAAAGUUUAAAUUGUUAUUAUUCAUCUUUAUUUUGUCUUUGUAUAUAAAAUUCAUUUGUUUAGACUCUAGAUAUACUAUCUAUA